AUGACGAGCUACCCUCAACCACGCCGUUUCGAGGACUUCCGUAUCGCCGUGAUAUGCGCACUGCCCCGCGAAUACGAUGCCGUCAUCCUGGCUUUCGACGAGAUAUGGAACGAUGAUAGAGAUGGGCGCGGGCCCGCGCCCAGGCAAUACAACAAUCACACGCUGGGGUUGAUUGGAGUUCAUUAUGUUGUUUUGGUUCUUCUCCCCAACAUGGGAAAAGUCAGCGCAGCCAACGAGGUAGUCCGGCUCCGAUCUAUAUAUGUUGGGUUGGAGAUAGCCUUCUUGACUAGGAUUUGUGGGGGAGUGCCUAACCCGGGCACCGAUCAUGAAAUGCUGCUUGGGGAUGUGGUGAUCGGCAAAAGCAUCGUGCAGUAUGACCUAGGCCGACAGUACCCUAGCAAGUUUCGCAGGAAAGACGGUAUUAAAGACAACCUGAGCCGACUCAACAAAGACGUGCGUUCUUUUCUCGCCACCUACGAGACGCAACAUGGCCGGAACGACUUACAGCGCCGGAUCACCAAAGUCCUCACGCAAGUCCAACAGAUGGCCAUUAACGCACAAGACCAAAUCUACUACGACCGUCCUGCAGCCGAAGAGGACUCACUUUUCAAGCCGGAUUAUCUUCACAGACACCGAGAUCAGCUAGGCUAUGGCUAUAGCGAAUCUACUACGUGUAACGAAGCGAUUAAAGCGUCGUACGACGAGCUUAGAUGCGAUGUCGCACAUCAAAUAGUAAGAACACGACUGGAGUCUACGAUGUUCGAGUCGCGAAUAUAUAUUGGGCGCAUCGGCUCAGGUGAUACGGUGAUAAAAUCAGGCGAACACCGGGACAGGGUUGCUCAAGAGCAUAACAUUAUUGCCUUUGAGAUGGAGGGGGCGGGCGUUUGGGAGGAGAUCCCCGACUUCGCCGCUGCAAUGGCGGCCUCAGCAACAAAGGCUCUGAUGGAGCGCUACGUGUGCAGGACUCCCAGGACAAACUCCGAACCUACUCCUACCAUGUAUACGCUUGCCCCUGUUUUGUCAGGCGUUGUAGGGGUGAGUCGCUUCGUUGGUAGAGACGACGAACUUGGAUGUCUGCAUGAGGCGCUGAAAUGGACGGGUGAGCGCCGCAACGCCGUGCUGCAGGGUCUAGGUGGCAUGGGAAAAACUCAGUUAUCGAUAGAGUAUACGAAGCGGCAUCGCAGCGACUACUCGGCCAUGCUUUGGCUGAACGCAAGGGAUGAGACAUCACUGAAGCAAAGCUUACAACAAGCGGCGCAGCGAAUCUUGCGGGAACACCCGACUAUGGCGUAUGUACAAAAUGCCAUGGUCAAUCAGGACCUUGACGAGACGACGGAAGCAGUUAAGCGAUGGCUGAGUGAAGCGAGGAACGACCGCUGGCUCGUUGUCUACGAUAACUACGACGAUGUCAGAUUUGACCGCCGCGGCGAUGCGGGUCAAAGUGCCCAAUCUGUUGCGGAGCAGGGUGGGACUGCAUCUGGCAACACAAGCCAACCGGAGGCAGCAUAUUCAAAGGCGUACGAUAUCCGUCCGUACUUUCCUGAAACCGACCACGGCGCCAUCAUCAUCACAACCCGAUCCUCAACAGUGAAACUCGGGCAGUUGAUCCGGCUGAGUAAGCUAGGCGACGUCAAUGACAGCUUGGCUAUACUGGAGUCAACAUCCAAUCGUGCCCAUCUGAGCCAGAAUCCUGAUGCUUAUACGCUUGCGCGGCGACUUGACGGCCUUCCGCUUGCCCUGUCGACGGCUGGAGCGUACCUCAACCAAGUGUCGACGAGCUGCGCUGAGUAUCUCCGGCUGUACGACGAAUCAUGGCUGCGAUUACAGAGAGAGAGUCCACAGCUUCUGGAUUACGAUCAAGCGUUGUACUCGACGUGGGGUAUCUCCUUCAACCUCAUUCAGCAGCAAAGCAGAGGUGCAGCUACCCUCCUUCGACUUUGGGCAUACUUCGAUAACGAGGACCUAUGGUACGAACUGCUGCAGGAUAUGGGUUCAGAGGGGCCGGUUUGGCUACAAGACAUAACGAAAGACAACUUAAUCUUCAACACAACAAUGAGACUUCUUUACGAACAUGGACUAGUAGAGGCGGACCUUACUAUAAAAGAGACUAAGGGAGAGUCCCGAGGAUACAGUGUGCAUAGAUAUGUCCAUGCGUGGAUGAUACACGUGCUGAACACGGGAGUCGACGAGGAGAUGGCUUGGACAGCAUUAAGGUGUAUAGCAUCACAUGUCCCAAGCAAGGAGCAGCAAGAGUAUUGGAUAAUACAAAGACGACUUUUACAACAUUCAGACCGAUGCAUCACAAAGAUACCGACAGAUGCGGCGGAGGAAAAAGAUGCAUGGAUGUUUCACGAACUAGGCAACCUCUACUCGGACCAGGGCCGACUUAAGGAGGCCGAGGCGAUGUACGAGCGGGCUCUUCAAGGCAAGGAGAAGGCAUGGGGACCAGACCACACGUCAACACUCGACACGGUCAACAAUCUAGGCAACCUCUACUCGGACCAGGGCCGACUCAAAGAGGCCGAGGCGAUGUACGAGCGGGCUCUUCAAGGCAAGGAGAAGGCAUGGGGACCAGACCACACGUCAACACUCGACACGGUCAACAAUCUAGGCCUCCUCUACAAGAACCAGGGCCGACUCAAAGAGGCCGAGGCGAUGUACGAGCGGGCUCUUCAAGGCUACGAGAAGGCACUUGGAGCAGACGCCAUAAAGACCUAUAUUCCUGCCUUGAACGCACUUCAAAAUCUCGGCUCUUUGUUUGAGAUGCUUGGCGAGAAUAGCAAAGCUAUCUCAUACUACUCAAAAGCACAGAACGGCUUCUUAUCCGUACUAGGGUCACAGAACGAACGGUGUACAUAUUUGUCUGAGAAAAUAGGCUAUUGCAGCUUGUUAUACAAGAGAUGGAUGUUUCGCUUCGCGUACAGAAGCCAGGACGAGGGCUGAAAGCCAAAUAGAAGACAUUGAAGGGACA